AUGGCGCAAGCAACCACCGAUCCGGGCUAUUUAGCAAAGCCACCAGGGGACUGCUGCAUUACGGGAAGCUUGCACGACGGCGAGCCACGCGGGACAUACGAGACGGUCGAGGGGAUAGAGACCUACGUUGUCCAUCCACCUGACGGACGUUCCAAUGGAAAUAUCGUGCUGUACUUCCCAGACGUCUGGGGCUUUUUCAACAAUGGACUCCUUGUCAUGGACGGCUUCGCAGACGCUGGAUAUCUAACCAUUGGUCUUGAUUACUUCAGAGGCGAUCCAGUAGGGAAGCACCGCAAGGACCGACACGAUACGACCACGGAGCCGGACUUCGACUAUGAGGCUUGGAAGAAGAAGCAUCAAGACUUUGCCGCUGAGGCUGUGCCGGGAUGGGUGGACGCAGUGAAGGCCAAAUAUGGCUCGUCAGGGACGAAAUACGGAUGCGUCGGGUACUGCUUCGGCGCGCCGUACGUCUGUGACCAGCUCGCUGAGGGUGGUAUCUGCUCCGCCGGAGCCUUCGCUCACCCGGCCUUCCUCAAGGAGCACCACUUCCGAAAUCUCAAGAAUCCACUGUUUCUCUCUUGUUCGGUGGUUGACCAUACGUUCGACGCCCAAUCUCGGCGACGGGCGCUCGACAUGCUGGUUGAAGACAAGAAGACAUAUCAUUUGCAGCUCUUCUCUGGGGUUGAACACGGGUUCGCCUUGCGCGGGAACCAGAAUGACUCUUAUGAGCCGUAA